AUGCAUAAACAUAAUAUGCAUAGUUUAUCUGCUCAUAGAAAAAUUAUUUCAUCCUCUAUAAAACUUUCAGUUAGCAGAAUAUCUAGUGCUCAACCAAACUAUAAGCUUCUUAAUUAAAGUCCCUUAGAAUUUUUCUUAAAAAUCAAAUAUACCAUUAAAAAUAAUUGA